CUGCACCUUACAAAUCAGAUCCUGUCUACACAACAAAUUAUAUUUCAGGGUGUCAUGUAUCGCUCGAGAAUUUGUCGUUUUGGGAUCGUUUCAAAUGUGUUGCAAUUCUGCAUCCGAUAUUGAAGUUAAUUCGGUAUGAAUCAAUGUUUUACUUAAAUUCGUACCGUUCUGCACAUGGGAUCGAAUGGAUUUGGAGUCCUAUGGAACGAACUAAAGACUCCCUUUAUCUUGCUAAUUCUUUCUUUGGAUUUGAGAUUCCGGAAAAAUUAUCUCCACUUGUUCAGGAUAUUGGACCAAUUUAUUAUGAAUAUUAUGAUCCAUUAACCAAGGAAUUAAAGGAAUUUCUAGACUCACAUCCGAGAACGCUAUACAUUGCAUUCGGUGGCCGCCUCUGGAUAACUCUAGAGAACUAUGAAAAAAUUAUUCAAACUAUCCUCGAAGCAAUGAACACAGACCUUCUUGAUGGUAUAAUUUGGUCAAUUUCUGUAUCACGUUUGGAGGGCAUUCCUGAAAACAUUACACUCAACGACGGAACAGUUAUCGCCACUGAUCAGAUAGUCGCCAACGAACAUCCUCAUAUUCUUCUACAAAAUUGGGCGCCGCAAUUUGCAAUUCUUAAUCACUCGAACACAAAACUAUUUCUUACACAUGGCGGCAUCCAAAGUAUCCAAGAAUCUCUCUACCAUGCCGUUCCAAUGCUCGUGCUGCCUCUAUACUUUGAUCAACGGGCAAACGCCGAGAAACUCAUGCUGCAGGGAUGUGCACUAGCAGUAUCGAAAUUUUCUUUAUCUGCCAAUGACAUGCUUUCUAAAAUGCAUAUACUAAUGACAGACGACCAAAUAAAAUCGAAUCUUUUAAGAAUGCAGACUUUGGCGAGGAUGAAUGGGAAUCGCAAAUAUCGUGCUGCCGAUUUGAUAGAAUAUGUGAUGGAUUAUGCAAAAUUGAAUCCAAAUUCUGGUAGUAGGAUACCAACUGUCCAAGAAUGGCUUACGCCGGAUCGAAGAAUGGGUUGGAUUAGAGGAAACAAUAUUGAUAUUUUUGUUUUUGCUAUUUUGGUUCUUUUGGUUGCUUUACUUGGAACUAGAUGGCUUGCGAUGAGAAUCACAGAGUUUGUGUUGGAGUAUAGAAUAAAAACCGGU